GACAUCAAAAACCUCGCCUUCAACAAACGAAACUUCAAACAAAUGAUGCUCCAAAACAUCGCUUUAUCCAGCUCUCGCCAAAAAGCCGCACUCAAAUCCGAAAAACUGGCUGACAAAGCACUCGCCACCCAAUUCAAAAUCGAUCUGGACCAAGACAUUAAAUGUCAAAAUGAGCAGAAAAUAAAGACUUUUAGAAGAACAAGGGAUUUGUUCAUGUUUAAUAAACAAACAGCAGAUUCCAAAGCUUUUGAGAAGAAACAGAGCAAGGACUUUGACAAAAUCGCCUGUGCUGACUAUAAGUAUUUGCUUGACGCCCAAGAGCUUGAAAGGAAACAGAAAUCUCAGGAGGUGAAUGAUCAUGUUAUGAAUGUAUUGAAUAGGACAGAUGGGUUCAGCUCUUACAGAGGACUUGGAGUAGAAUCAUGUGUACAUCAGAAAAGAGGGAAUGUUAGCAACUUGAUUCAGAAGCGUAGUGGAUGAGAUAAUUACAAGCAACUCCAGGAAGAUAUAGAAAAAGAGGCUGAUAAAUAACCACAUGAAAAUCCUAAGACUUAAAGCUAUAAAAGAACAAAGAACUGAAAAAUAUAUUGAAAAAAUCAAAAAAUCAGCGAGACUACAAAACACAAAGGAUCUCGUAGCCCAAAUCCUAGAGAAAAGAAACAUGGCUAAUAUCAAGAAGAAUGACAGAAACCAUCAGAAAUCCCUCAACUUGACUUCUCUCAAUCAGGAGAGAAGAGUGACGAACCCACAAGAGUUUAGCUUUUAUCAUUAACUUAGUAAA